AUGCCUUGGGCCAUUAGUCAAGGAACUGCGAGUAGCUUAUUGAGUAUGGAAGAAAUAGAACCAUAUGUACGUAGAAAACGUUUGAAUUCGGAUAAAGCAAGUAAACUGGAUAGUCUUAACGAAGAGGAACAAAGUGUGUUGAGGAUGAGCAUAAAUUCACGGGAACGGAAACGAAUGCAUGACUUAAACGAUGCGCUCGAGGAAUUAAGACAGUGUUUACCGUAUUCACAAACCGCAAAUUCAAGAAAGAUGUCCAAAAUCAAUACAUUAUUAUUGGCAAGUAAUUGGAUACGACAGUUAACCAACACCAACAACGAAUUACGUCGACAGUUAGAAGAACUUCGAAGUAGAACAUCAUCCUUAUCGCUACCGUUGUCAACAUCCUCAUCUGCAAGAGCAUCCGAUUGCAAUGGUACGCGAGCACCUAUUGUCUGGCCAUCCUCAACAAGUGCUACGGUACUGCCGAGUUUAACGUCGUCAAGGAAUAUUCAUUCAUUAGCAUUGAUUAAUAACGCCGAUAGUAAUAAUAACAAUAAUGGCGUAUUCCCCUUGAAUUUUAUUCAUGAUACUCACAAAUCAAUGCUCAAGAUAACAUCCUCACAACGGCCGUGCAUUAAAGCAUUGAAUAGUUUUUGUUUUUGUGUUAAAUGUAUUGUUAAGAACUCAUCGCAUCUUAAAGGUACUCACUCAGAAUAA